GGGGGGUGGCAAUAUGGCCGUCGGUCAGUCGGUAUCGAACCGCCGUGCCGAGCGGAGCUCCUACGCUGACUCGUGCGCGCGUAGGCACGGCACCGCUGCUCCGUUCUGCUCCGUAGUGGACGGGACGGGCGCUCUGGAUAUCCGGCAGGCGCGCGCGCCGCAACGUCCGCACUCACCGAUGGCUUCCCGGCCUUCGCGCGCAAUCCCCGAGAAUCUCGCCGUCGCCGUCGUCAGUCCGGUCGAAUUCGUAGGACGCGCUCGUCAGUUGGUUGCGAGAGUCGUCCGGUAACUUCCGAGCAGUAGUGAUUAGCAAAACAGCAGCGGCAGGAAGACAGUGGGGUGACAGUCGGUGAGAAUUAGUCAGUGAAAAUUGGCAAUUCAGCGGUGAGGCUCACGUAAACAUGGAUGCUGGAGCUGGGCAGGGUAAAAAACAAAUCCGUGUGGGAUUUUACGAUAUCGAGGGCACCAUCGGCAAGGGCAACUUUGCCGUUGUUAAGCUGGCCAGACAUCGAAUCACGAAAACGGAGGUGGCCAUCAAGAUAAUCGACAAGACUCAAUUAGAUCCUACCAAUUUGGAGAAAGUAUACAGAGAGGUCGAAAUUAUGAAGCAGUUGGAGCAUCCUCAUAUCGUUAAAUUAUAUCAAGUCAUGGAGACGAAGAAUAUGAUCUACAUGGUGUGCGAGUACGCGAGCAAAGGUGAAAUAUUCGAUUACAUAGCACGCUACGGAAGAAUGGGAGAGCCCAGAGCACGUGCGACGUUCGCGCAGAUACUCUCCGCGGUCGAAUACUGCCAUGUGACGGGUGUGGCGCAUCGCGAUCUAAAAGCGGAGAAUUUGCUUCUGGACGCGCAGAUGAACGUGAAAAUCGCCGACUUCGGCUUUAGCAACAGAUUCGCUCCGGGUGAGCGACUGAGCACUUGGUGCGGUAGUCCGCCUUACGCCGCCCCGGAGGUUUUCCGCGGGAAACAUUACGCCGGCCCGGAAAUUGAUGUAUGGAGUCUGGGUGUUGUAUUGUACGUGUUGGUAUGCGGAGCACUGCCCUUCGAUGGAUCAACUCUUCAAUCAUUAAGAGAUCGCGUACUAAGCGGCAGAUUUAGAAUUCCUUACUUUAUGAGCACAGACUGCGAGAGCUUAAUACGCAAGAUGUUAGUGUUGGAGCCUUCCAAACGAUACACCAUUCCACAAAUUAAACGGCAUCGUUGGAUGGCAGGAACAGCGGAUAGUAUAUGUUCGGUGAUUGUAACGAGGCCAUCGUCGUCUAUUCAAGAACCGAACGAGCAAAUACUUCGACUCAUGCACAGUUUAGGAAUAGACAUCACUCGCACCAGAGAGUCUUUACGAAACAGCAGCUAUGAUCAUCACGCGGCUAUCUAUUUCUUACUGUUGGAAAGAUUGAAGCAACAUCGUGUCAGCAGCACCAUUAAUAAUACUUGCUGGUCUACUGUUGCAAGAACAAAAGAAGAUAAAUUUAAAUCAAGAGCAAGAGAUGAUACCGGCAGAGGAGGUAAAAGAUUCAGCUCGACGAGCUCUUCAACCGAUGAAGGUUGUUGCAGCGCGGAGGGCGAUUUGGAGGAAGGGCCGAGCGGCGACGAGUUGCGCGAAGCGCAGAUCAAACUCGAGGAGCACCGAUUAGGCCUAGAUCACGAUAUCAGUCAACGAAUUGACAGUCAGAUAGUCAAUCGAAGGUUAAGCGAUUACCAGCAUCAUUUUGAUAACCCGCUUAUGGAUCCUAUUGAUCCUCCCAGUCGGACGACGCUGUUCAUGGCGGGCGGCAGCGGUAGCUCGUCCUCGGAACUCUUCGAAUCCAGCUUUGAUUCUGGCUGCCCGCCAGAUUACACGGGGACGAAUUGCUUCACGAGCAGUCUACCGUCCUGCACGCCACCGCCACCUAAAAGUCCAUCCCCGAUCACUGGUAGGAUAUCUCGAGUCUCUCAAGGACGAAGAGCGUCCGACGGUGGACCCAGAUUACUGUUCUGUCAGCAAGGCAGCGGAGACAGGCCAUCUAAGCAGAGAAGUAUUCAAGAUUCGGGGAAGGCACGAGGUCAUCUGGACCUAGUCCAUCUUAGGCCACCGUCCACACCGCCCGACAAUCAGCAGCAAUUCAAGAUGCGCGGCGAUUCGGGCACGCAGCUGCAACUUUUGGUACAGCAACGCAUGCUGCAGCAAAAACGCAACCUGUAUCAUCGGCACCGAGCUGGCGGCAGUCCAACACCGAUCCCGGUCUCUACCAGCAGCACCAGCAGACGCGCCGAUCAUGUGCCGAGGCAAGACAGUUACAAGCUGGCCCAGCGAACGCAGAUUUUGCCGCCUCUCUCUCAGGGUCACGUCGACCGAGACUUCGACAGAGACAGGAAGCGAGACGAGGAGAGAUGGAAGAGUCUACCGUCCCGAUUGGCAGCGGACUGCCAGUUAGCGGAGAGAUCGCUAAUAUGGAGCCAGCAGGUGGGCCUUAGUGGAGGCGCGUCUUACUUACCACCGGGCAGUGUAGGUGGUUUCUUGUGGCCCACCAGCAGCAAUCCACAUUCAACCAUCUUCGAGAAUGUAGGAGAUCCCAUGGAAUAAACUUCUGCCCUAUAUUAUUAGUAAUUAUCUCGAGAUCUUGCGUAUGAAAAGCCAAGCCAAACUGUUAUGUCGAUUCUUUAUCUAUCUUUCUUUCUUUCUCUCUCCAUCCCUCUCUCUUUUUCUCUCUUUCUCUCAGCAGUGUUUCCUUCCCAGUCCUUCCGCAUUGACUUAUAUUAUUAAAAUAGUUACAUAUCAUUUUAUCUCGGACAGAGAUACGUUAAGGGACUAUGUCAUAUAUGAAGAAUUUAAUAUAACAUAUUCAUUCGUCUAUAAUGAUCAUCUACUUUACAUACUCAAGAUCUCUGAUUAGAUGUAUGGUACAUGUUACUGAAUGCCAAAGAUUUACACUUUUAUACUUUUAUCCAUCUGAGACACUGCUAACGGAGAAUUCGGUGUUUAAAUAUAAUGAAAACUUAUAGACGUUUUUCAUGUGCAAGCCGUUUGCUAAAAUGCUGCUUCAUAAAGUUAUACUAUUUAUCUCGCUACAGUGUAUUCUAUGUCCGUAUAAAAAAAAUCACGCAUGUAUCUGUACCGUGAGAGACAGGAGAUUAAUGUCCAUUUCUUCGAUGUGCGCAUUGCAAAUGGCACAAAAGGAUUUAUACGGAGGAAUCUUUGCCGUACAGUAACAUAUGUACCUGCCUUAUUAAAAUGACUGAUUCUACCAGUCAAAUAUCCAAUUAUAUCAUAGACUGAUAAUUAACAAGACGAAACACCAAAUUUGGUUGAAGAGCAAGUGGCAUAUGACUUGCCUUACGGCACUCGCUGUUGAGAGUUACAGCGAGACAACUGUGAAGUUUUUGAGCAUCCUUAAGUGGGGUUUUUGAUUGACAAGUUCGAAUUUAGAUGUAGAAAGCUCAGAGGAUUCGUUCAUUUUCGUGACUGUGUACUCAUGCAUGUAAAACGAGAAUGAUAGAAUACAUGCGUCGAAUUGACGCGCGAUACGGAAGUCUUUAAGAAAAUAUAACGUACUGCCAAUGAGUGAGGAAACAACGAGUGCUCAAGUCGUUGAUGAGGUAUAAAUAAUAAAAGGUUAUAUAGAGUUAAGGCAUAGAAAUGAAAUAUCGAGCAGACAUGUAAAGAAUAGGAGUGCGACUGAGAUAGAAUUAAAAUUCUUCCCGCAGGGAAAAACACAAGUACUAUGCCACUUCCGCUUUUCUGUUUAUUUAAUCCGAAGAGUGGAAACACGACGCGAGUUUCGAGGGAUUUUCAGUUUUCUUAAUAAGCGUUCCAGUAAUACUGUACAAAAUUAGUGAUGUUUUCCUCUUCCACUCUUCACUGAUGACUAUAGAGAAUAGGAAAUAAUAACGGAAAACAAUAAUAUUAGCAGUAAAUAGUAGCUAACAUGUAAGAGACGAGAAGUGCUGCAUUCUGUAAAGAUGUUUAAAUAAAUUAUUUAUGUGAUCACACGAAUUUCCUAUAGAAGAGUAUAAGUUGAAUGACAUUUUGUAUAUGUUAUCUCUUUCUAGAAAUAUUUAUAGCCACAUUAAUAGUUGCACUACUUUUAUACAAGUGUCUUUCAUGAAUAUUCGCUGGUACUCUAAAUAUGGUUUUUUCUAAACAGGAUGUUCUUCUAUUUCGACAGCUCUGUUUUAUGAGCUUCUUGCAUGAUUAUAAUUAUUAGGAAACGUUAAAAGAGAAACAAUAAUGAUUACGAAACAGUUUGUACGUUUGAUAUGAAUACAGCACUUUAAAAAGAAAAAACAAUAUAUAUAUACAUAUAUAUAUUAUUAGAAUCUAGUAAUUUAGCCAGUAGUGUAAGCAAUACCGGCCGCGCACAACUGACAACGACUUUACUAUUCAAAUUUUUCGCCAUUUUUUACCCGACAGGAAACAAUCAAACUUCGCUCAAAAAUCUUUUGAUAAGUAAAACAUAACUGUUAAGUUAGCCUAAUUGCAAACGAGAUCUAUCAUUCGCAAAACGGACAUCGACGCAGGAUAUCCAUGAAUCUCAGGAAUUGAAAAUCAAUUUUGGCAUUAUUGCGAGUUCUCUCAUUCGCCUGUCUUUUCUGGACUGAUAGAGCUUCGAACUGCGUAAAAUGGAGAUCCAAUACAAUAUAUGUUUCAGUGAGCAAUAAUUAAUUUCACUUAUCCAUCAAAACAUUUAUGCAUGUUCGACUACACGGCUCUUGCGAGAAAUGUUGCGACGAUUACAUGUGAUAUGUAGCUAUUAUUUCAUGAAACGUAAUCUGUUUAAGGGCUGAAGCUACAUUUUUGCGGAAGUAAUUAUUUGCUAUCAAGCAAUGACUGCCACAUACGGACAAUUCGUCGUAUCAAACUAAUCCGACUGAAAUAGUCACUUAUAUGUGCAUACAACAUAACUAAUUCAGUUAGCUCAUGCUCUUAGCAAAGUGCGCAUAUAAUAUUACUUCAACAGUCAUAUACGAUAGUAAGUAGUUACUUUUUGUAAAUUGCAACAAAUUGUCGACGUAUGUAUGUAUACAUGCGGGUUCUGAAUAAAACAUAUGCAGAUUGAAAAAUUAAA